AGCAGUAGACCGACUCGUCUCUCUGCUGCCCCUGCCGAAUGACUGCGUUCUCUGACAGCAGAACGUCUGGAGCUUGUUUCUUGAGGAAAAGGACAACGCAUUUUUUAAAAAGAACCCCGUUGACCCCGACCUCAACGGUGAACAUGUAAAUAUGGAUUUAAUGCAGCUUUUUGCAACGGUCGUCGCCGUUUUGUUCCAUCCGGGUUCUAAAACAAACGGCCAAAUGAUCUGCCGGAGAGGGAGGGAGAGACCGUGCUACAAGGUGUCCCACAUCGUCCAGGACGGCAGACGGAGACCCACCUUCGAAGACGCCAGACAGUCCUGCGGUCUAGAUGGUGGUCAGCUGCUCAGUAUAGAAACAGAGAGUGAGCAGCGGCUGAUAGAGAGGUUCAUCCAGCAGCUGCAGGCUGGAGAUGCCGACUACUGGAUUGUUCUCCGUCAUGGUCCACAGCACAACACGGCGGUGACCACCAGCCCAGGCUGUCCCUCACACUACUACUGGCUGGAUGGAAGCAAGGCCAAGAUCAGGAACUGGCACUGGAACAAGCCGUCGUGUGAUGGUGAGAAAUGUGUGGUUCUGUACGACUGGCCAUCUGCACUACCUGACGAAGGAGCUGGUUUCAAGUGGAAUAAUGAUGAUUGUAACUCCAAGAACAGUGUAGUCUGCAAAUACCCAGAAGAAAAAGUACCCGUAUUUACUGAUGAACGGAACAUGACACAUGCAGCUCCAUCCGUGAGGCCUAGCCUGUUAUCAACAACAGAAAGUACUGAGAAGACGGGAAAAGUACAACCUGAGUCAUCAGUAUCCUUUUCAGAUGACUCCCUGCACCUUUCUUACAUACUUUACGGUACCAUCCCUGCUGUCCUGCUGCUUCUGUUUGCGGCUGUUGGGUUCUUCUGCUACAGACACCAUGGAAAGAGGAGGAAGACAGAAACAGGAAGCUAUUCCAGCAGAACGCCACCGUGGAUGUCGACAGCAUCAACACCUUGCCCCAUACAGGGACCUUACGCUUUCAGUGACAUCACCAAACUCCCUCCCACUGUUCCGCACAGUGCCACAGAUAACAGGACAAAGAUUUUCUGCGCACCUCUCCACGACUCCCAGUGUGAUGAAUAUGAGAAUGUGGUGUGUACAAACAGGGAGAUUGGGUUUGUGACCAAUGACAUUUAUGAGACCUGCAGAUCUCAGAACAGUCAGACUGGAUGGGUGGACAAUGAGAUAUAUGCCUAACACUGAUGAUGAGUAUUUGGACUUCAGAGUGCUCUUAGAAAAAAGACCAAAUCUGACAGGGGAACACAAUGUUUUCCAUCUUCUUUUUUUCAUGCUCAAACUCCACUUUCAUAAUAGAAAACAACUUGCUCAACUCCAUAGUUUCAAUAAAUAAACAGAAGACUGUCAGCCUGGUAGUUUAAUCAUUCUUUCACCCCAUGUUUCCCUGCUGAUGGUUCCAAAACAAUGAAGAGAAUCAUUUUCACCUGGA